AUGGUUAAACAGUUGGCCAAUCCCAUCCCCGAAAACCAGCUGCUCAAUGAAGUAAGAGAAAUAUACGAUGAGCUAGUUAUUGCAGAAAGAGAAUGCAUUAAUGUGGUGGAUAUCGUCUCACAAAUAGACCAAACCGCGGGACUAUCGGAUGAACAAUGGAGCUUGUGCACCUCGUUGCACAGAACACUCCUCCACAAGCAUUUUGACUUUUUCAUUGUUUCGCAGUAUCCGGCAGCCAGCCCAAUCUUAAGAAGCCUGGCUCAAAGAUACGAGAUGCCUGGACGCAUGUGGCGCUACGGAAUCUACUCCUAUCUGGAGCUGUUGCACAAAAGGCUCCCCAGUGUGCAAGAGCAUAUUCUAAGCUUCAUAUAUUUCUCGUAUUCGAUGGUGACACUUCUUCAGGAGCACUUCUCCGCAUUUGAAGAAACCUGGACAGAAUGCUUGGGGGACCUAGCACGCUAUCGUGCUGCAGUGGAGAAUUCCGAUGAGACAGUCCGCCGUCACUGGUUAAACGUUUCCAGAGAUGGGUACAAUCAGAAUAUCGAUCAGUUAUCUAGAACUGGCCAAAUUCAGCACUAUCUUGCCGUUAUCUCUCGUCCGGAUACUUUGCAGAUGUUCUUUUACUUCUCGAAAGCAUUACUCAGCGUGGACCGAUUUCCAAAAGCGCGGGAAAGCAUGAUUCAGCUGUUCAACGAUACUCUAAGCGCACCGGCUGAGGAACACACAUUGGUCACUUCUUUUGUGGCUGCCCAUGGUGUUAUUUUCAAGCGUAUGCCAUAUGACCAGUUUGUGACUCGGUCCAAAUUCUUCCUUUUAAAACUGCUUCGGGAGACUAGGCGGUCAGGUGUGGAGGCACGAGAAAGAACGUUGAUCAUGUGCUGCAAUAUUGCAGCGAUCUUGGACUAUGGAGAAGAGAACGGAGAGUUUGCGAUGGACUUUGCUCACAACGCAAAUAAAUCUACUGCAGACGCUUAUAUUGUUGCAAAGCACUGGGCAUCUGCACUGACACCUAUCGAAUCAAACAUAUAUCUCUAUCCCAACUACUCAUCUGUGUUUGCAUUCCGUUCCAGCUUGCUCACGUUCCACACCUUACACAUGAUGUUUAGUCAAGCAAGUGAGCCAAAUAUGCACCAAGCUGCGCAUCUUUCUCUGGCAUUCCUAUGGUGUCUCACACUCCAUCCAAUUGCCAUGUACCGACUCGAACCGCUAGUUCCAUGGCUGGCACUCGCAAAUUAUCUGAAUACUUUGUUGCAUCCUGAAUUCAAUAUUGCAGUGACUGAAGCCGAAUCAUUUCCCCAAAUUGAAGAUACACCUACGCAGCAGCUGCCGGAAGACUUCCUGAUUAGAGGUCAUCGUUGGAGCCGGCUUUACUACCCUGUUGAUUUCUUUAAAGGGGCGGCUUCAGAAUAUGACAGGCCAUUGAUCGAGAAUCCGGGCACCAUGUUUGCGAGAAUCCAAAGAUGCCUAUGGCUUGGAAUUCGGAUUGCGAGUGUUUGUCUUUCCUGGAACUCUGUAUAG